AGGUUUAACUUGUUAAGUCUUUUAAAAAUAAAUGCAGUUAGCUAAAACAAGAGUAGUUGAAAAAGAAAUUUAGUGUUUUAUUUUUUUUGUUAAAAAAGGUUUAACUAGUUGAGCUGUUAACAUUAAAUAAGAUAGCAUUCUUGGUAACAAAAUUCUCUCAUCUGGGUAACUUUCAUUAACCAAAAAGGUAGUUAAAGUGUAAAAAAAUUGCUUUCUUAACUGAAUUGGUCAGUUUAAGAUUCCAGAAUAAUGUAUUCAUUAACAAAGUUCUUAAACUUCUUUGGAAUGAAAAAAGUAUCAUAAACUAAAACAUAAGUAAUUAACACAAAAAAGGACAUUUAAAAAAGAGAGUUAGGUUUUGAAAUUUUACCUAAAAUUAAAACAGACCUUAAAACCAAAUAAAAAAACACGUAAAGAAGUAGUUACCAGUAAAUUUGUCAAAUCCGAAAAAGCCGACCAUAUAUUUAAAAAAUAUGAAUUUGUGAUGUUUUAUCAAUUAAAUCAAUUCUAAUACGUUAAAGAAGUAAACUUUACAUUCUUAAAAAUAUGAACUUGUAUAUUUUACCAACUGAAUUGACCUUUAUCAGUUAGAAAGGGUAACAGUGUCAUUUUGAUAGUGUCAGGUCAUAUCAUAUCACAUAUCUUGGUAUAGUAUAAUACCAUCGUCUUUGUGGGAUAAUCCUUGGUUGCAUGCAGAAUAUUUCUCUGGAAAACAUCUAUGGGAAAGUGUUCCUUCAAGGACUCUCUGAAGGCUCUGGAAGCUGAUAUUCAGUAUGCUAAUACUCUGACAUUGGACCAUCCAAGGGAAAGAGAUGGAGGAUGCUUUCAGAUGAGAAUAUCUUACAGUCCAGCAGCUCCUAUUUUUCUAUUUCUUGUUCAGUGGGCUGAUUACCGUUUGGCUGGUGCUCUGGGUUUGCUGAGAGUUCUAGUUUAUGUGACUUAUGGAAAUGGGAAUAAUACCAUGUCAAUAUAUGAAAGGAAAGCAAGCAUCAGACAAUUUUACACUGUUAUAUUUCCUGCUCUGUUGCAACUUGAGAAAGGCAUCACGGAUUUGGAGGAAAGGAAACAGAAAGAAGUGGCUCUUAGGUACAAAGGAAAGAGUGGCUUAACGGAGGGAAAACUAUCUGAUAUUGACAUUGAAAGAGAAGAGGAAUGUGGAGUCUGCUUGGAAGUGACAGCUAAAGUUGUGUUGCCAGAUUGCUGCCACCACAUGUGUUUGCAGUGCUACAGAGAUUGGUGUGAGAGAUCUCAGUCUUGCCCCUUUUGCCGGAAUAGCCUGAAGAGAAUCGAUUCCGGGGACCUUUGGAUUUACACAGACAUGAAUGAUGUUGUUGAUAUUGGGACAAUUUCCAAAGAGAAUUGCAAGAGGCUGUUUCUUUACAUAGAGAAGUUGCCUUUAAUUGUUCCAGAUCCCAGAUACGUGUUCUAUGAUCCAUUUCUGAGAUGAGUUUCUGAGAUUUUGGAAAACAGUUUGUUCACUUUACUUGUACAUCCAUUUUAGACCAUAACUUAGUUGUAUAUAUUUAAUUGGCUUUCUUCCAA